CCUCACUCCCACCCAUCAAGCCUCCUCAUUUCUCUUCACUUUUAUACUUUUCUUUCCUCAUCAUGUCACGCAUCCGAAAUACCUUAGCCAGAAUGUCGGAUUAUUCCUCCAACCCAAGCAAGAAAAAACUCUUCAUCACCAUUUUUGGAUCUCUCUUAAUCGUUUCCGCCGUCAUCGGCAUUGUCGCCGGACUUCACUCUUCCGAAACCCCCCGUCAUGUCCUCGACUCCCACUCUCACGCCGUACUCAAAUCCGCCUGUACCUCCACACUCUACCCCGAUUUAUGCUACUCCGCCAUUGCUGAGUCCAAAAGGAAAGUAACUAGUCAGAAGGAUGUCAUUGAGGCUUCCUUAAACCUCACCACCACCGCCGUCGAACACAACUACUUCGCAGUCAAGAAGCUCUCGGAACUUGAUAAUAUCACCGAGCGUGAGAAGACUGCUCUUCAUGACUGUCUCGAGACCAUAGACGAGACUCUCGACGAGCUCCAUGAAGCAGUGGAGGACCUCGAGGAAUACCCUGACAAGAAAUCAUUAUCCCAACACGCUGAUGACUUAAAAACCCUAAUCAGCUCCGCCAUAACCAACCAAGAAACAUGCCUCGACGGGUUUUCACACGACGAGGCCGACAAGCGUAUCCGCAAAGCGUUGCUGGCUGGUCAAGUUCAUGUCGAGAAAAUGUGUAGUAACGCUCUUGCCAUGAUAAAAAACAUGACGGACACUGACAUAGCUAACGAGGAGCUUAAAAGACAAGGUAGUACGAACAGGAAGCUGAAGGAGGGUGGUGUGGACGAAGAAGGGUGGCCGGAGUGGUUAUCCGCGGGUGACCGGAGGCUGUUGCAGUCGUCUUCGGUGACUCCGAACGCGGUGGUUGCCGCUGAUGGAAGUGGAGAUUUUAAGACAGUCUCAGCUGCGGUGGCUGCCGCGCCGGAUAAAAGUAAGAGCCGGUACGUGAUAAGAAUCAAGGCGGGUGUUUAUAGGGAAAAUGUGGAUGUUUCGAAGAAGAAGACGAAUAUAAUGUUCAUGGGCGAUGGCAGGACUAGCACCAUCAUCACUGGAAGCAGAAACGUCAAAGAUGGCAGCACCACUUUCCACUCUGCCACCGUCGCUGCCGUCGGCGAACGUUUCCUGGCACGCGACAUAACCUUCGAGAACACGGCCGGUCCGUCGAAACACCAAGCCGUCGCAUUCCGCAGCGGCUCUGAUUUCUCUGCCUUCUACCAGUGCGACUUCCUCGCCUACCAAGACACCCUCUACGUCCACUCCAACCGCCAGUUCUACGUCAAUUGUCUCGUCGCCGGAACCGUCGAUUUCAUCUUCGGCAACGCCGCCGUCGUCUUCCAGGACUGCGACAUCCACGCCCGGAAACCCAACUCCGGCCAGAAAAACAUGGUGACGGCGCAGGGCCGAACAGACCCCAACCAGAACACCGGAAUCGUUAUCCAGAAAUGCAGGAUCGCCGCCACGAAGGAUCUGGCGCCGGUGAUAAGCAGCUUCCCCACGUAUCUAGGUCGGCCGUGGAAGCAGUACUCGAGGACGGUGGUGAUGCAGACGUCGAUCACGAACGUGAUUAGACCUGCGGGGUGGCACGAGUGGAGCGGGAAUUUCGCGCUGAACACGUUGUUUUACGCGGAGUAUUUGAACACCGGCGCCGGAGCGAAUACGUCCGGGAGGGUGAAGUGGAAAGGGUUCAGGGUGCUAACGAGUGCGAGCGAGGCGCAGCCAUUCACGGCGGGAAGGUUCAUCGGGGGAGCCGGUUGGUUGGGGUCAACGGGUUUCCCAUUCUCUCUGGGCCUAUAAAUGUUUGUAAAUUUUAAGUUUAAUUUUAUAUAUUUAUGCAAAAUUAAACUGAAUAAAAGCCUUAAUGGGCUUUUAAUUAUUGUCGGCAUAGGCCUAUUUAGGGGAAGAAAUAACUUAUGGGUUUGAGUUUUAACUUUUGUUACCAA